CUGAAAACGGUCCACGGCGGCUCAACGCAAAAGGACAACAAACACCGUCGGACAAAACACAAGACACAAGCACCAAAAAAAACAGACGUGUGCCAACAAUGGCGCCAUCUUGAAAUCUAUUGAGAUGGUCAUGAGAUCAUCACCAAAUGGUGACUUCGGGAUAUACAGUCAAGAUGUUACUGAGAUAUUGAUUGGCAAAAUUGGGAGACAAAGAUUUGAUGGGGAUAUUAUUUUCAUGAUUUGUGUGCGGUCGAGGACCCAAAAGCGGGGAGGCUGGAGAAGCGUACUAAGCAAAAUCUAUUCACGAAAAAUACUUGCAGGGGCACACUCUGCGGCGGCCGCAGGACCUGCACCAUUGGGAACAAAGACGGGUGGCGGCCGCAGGACGUGCGCCGCCAUUCCAGGAACAGGUGAUGGCUGUGAGAUGUGCACCGCUGGAGCCCGAGGGUUGCGGGAUCAAUCCUCCGGUCCUGCGGGUGCCAUUUUUCGUCGGAUUGUUCGGUCAAAGGUUGCGCGUGUUCGAGUCCCCGAAAUCCGGGAGGUCGGAGAUAUCGAUGGAAUGACAUAUGGAUGAGCCGUUACUUCCAUCGUGCUGGUACGUCACAGAGAUAAGUCCGAUGCUGGGGAAAUAUUCGAUUAAAGCUGCUCGAGACAUGAUUGGUAAUAGUGAGAUGCCGGUGAGUGAGGUGGUCAUCGCAUAUGAGUGUGGUUAAGAUCAUGACCGAGAUCGUCGUGAGAUACUCAUGAGACCAGUCGGCCAGCCGGGAGGCCGACUUUGGAACUUCUUGGGUGACUUUGGGCUCAUCCAACUGGAGCAAGGUGAGGAUGACGAUGAAGGUCUGCGAGCCUCCUGCUGCAGGUCUCGGCUGUGACGUGACCCGCUCGGCCGCGCGCGCGCACGCAGCCGGCGCGUUGCCGCUUGGACGUAUGCGCGCACCGCCGCCGCCGCAGCAGCAGCAGACGGGAGUCGAGUGGCUGUGCGCGGCGUCGCAAGGGGAUCUUUUUCUCCCCGCAGGAGCUUCUCAUCCCACUUUGGACUGCUUUGGCGUGUGUGAGAGUGUUGAUGGAGAAUGUUCCGGAAGGGAAUCGAGCCACUUUGGGCACUUUUUUUGUGUGCGUGUUAGGGGUGCGUGUGUUUGUUUGGGGUUUUUUUUUUUCCUUUUCUCUGAAGCACUUUUCCCACUCCUGGUGCACGUGCGUACUCAUUUGCAAGUGGAACCAGCACUAAAAUGAUGGGCUGUUGAUGGAGAGCGUUUCGAAUGUCAGCCGGGACAGUGGUCAUCGCUGGUGGAAUUCUGGCUGCCGUCAUCUUACUCACCAUUGUGGCCGUGCUGUGUUUAUGUAGAUUGCAGUAUUACUGCUGUAAGAGGGAGGAGUCCGCGAAGGGGGAGGAGGAGGAACCGGAGCUGUCCACCAUGUCGCCUUCGCACCCCCUGGCUCUGUCGGCGCCCCCGACGCCACCCACCCCGGAGCGUUACGGCGACGAACCCGAGACGUACCCGCCCACCUUCCUGACCGAGGCCAACGGGCCCGUUAGCUUCACGCCGCCGCCGCCUCUGCGCCGCUGCCAGCGGGCGCACGGCUUCUGCCCGGCGUGCGCCCGCUGCACGCUGCCCUUCUACCUGCACCACCCGGAGCGGCUCUGCAACGGAGGGCGAGGGCUCGCCGGCUACCGCGGCGUGCACCAGGACCCGGAGACGCCCGUUGCAGACCUGGCCGGCUUCUACCGCAAGCUGGACCUCAUCCGCUCAAUGGCCACGCGGGAGGCGGUCACGCGCAGCGUCAGCACCGACGUGUAGGGGCCUGGGGGCCGCAAACCACACACUGAGGGCUUUUCGAGGAGGGCCAGGCUGGGACAUCAUUCAGGAUUACCUCUCACACGUGUGUAAAGUUCUCAGCUCUCAACCACUGAAAUGCUCUCAUGUUAAUACUGGCACGCAGAGUGUUCAGAGUGUUUCACAGUAUGUGUGAGAGGUCACCCUAAAUUUUGUCCCUGACGGCCUCUCACACUUUUCCAUGCCGCCCACGCCAGAUGCCAGUCGACCGGCGGCUGACUUGGAACAAACUGUCAAUUCCUCAAAGCUUGAUUAACAUCCCGGCUUGUUACAAGGAGCCUCGUUCACCUUUGAACCCUCCUCCGAUGUUCAUUUCUUCGCAACGCUGUUGACGGGUCAGUAUGACCCGCUGUAUGUUUCGUUGUUAGAAAUAACGGCAUGCAAAUCAACUGACAAAAAAAACGGAGGGUGAGAUGAUGAGAAAAAAUCAGGCAAGUGAAACAAAUUGAAUGCCAACCGUUGAAAAAAAGUUAGUUCGGCGUAGCAAUACGUGCAAAUGCCCGCCGACGCCACACAACUCGGACACCAUGACUGCGAAAUAAUUGUACGCAUUUUUCGCACUUGUUUUUCCAUUUCAGGAGCACAAAAGUAAAUGCCAAUGCGAGCACAUCAUUGACAAUCUACCAAGUUGAGGCAUCCAGAGACAAUGAAAUAAAGCUGAAAUUAGCCCCGCCCACCACAAAAACAUUUUGGAUUGAUGUUUUGAUCAAUAGUUGAUGAUACCUGACACUCGUUGCUUCUUCAGCACGUUGCCAUGUUACGCGGUGUUACACACUGUCACCCACACAGUGACGCACUUUUGGUCACUUUUGAUUUUCGAGUGAAGUACAGCCUAAAGAGUUGUAUCGCGAGACAUUGUACAUGUAACAAUACUGUCACACGCUUUGUAACACGCACUCGCUUAUCUUGUAAGACACUGUCAGCCAAACUGUAACCGAGACGGCAAAAUAAAUUGUAACGUACGCUGUAACACACUCACUUCA